AUGGAUCGACCAGCAGUGAGUGGACCAAUGGAUUUGCCGAUCAUGCAUGAUAGCGAUAGGUAUGAGCUUGUUAAAGAUAUUGGCUCCGGUAAUUUUGGAGUUGCAAGAUUGAUGAGAGACAAGCUAAGUAACGAGCUUGUUGCUGUUAAGUAUAUCGAGAGAGUAAGCCUGUUUGACUCACAAGUGGUCUCUUUUCACAAGAAACUGGAAGGCUUUGGAGGUGAUCCUAGAGUUGUGGUCGCAACAAACAUCAAUCCUAGAAUUGUUGGAGGUACAAGUAAGACAUUUAAGAAACGUGGAAGACCUUAUGCUACUCCAGUUGGAAGUGAACCUUCCCAAAUUCAGAGCAACACCGAGAACCGUCCAUGGCUAACGGUUGGUAACAUGCAGACUUCUGAAUCCCCACUUCUACCAAAUAAAGAGCAAGUCAGCAACCAAAUAUGUCACCGAGAUUUGAAGCUCGAGAAUACGUUACUAGAUGGUAGCCCUGCACCUCGUCUAAAGAUAUGUGAUUUUGGAUAUUCCAAGUCCUCGGUGUUACAUUCACAACCAAAAUCAACAGUUGGAACUCCUGCUUAUAUCGCUCCAGAGGUUUUGCUAAAGAAAGAAUAUGAUGGCAAGGUUGCAGAUGUUUGGUCUUGUGGAGUAACUCUGUAUGUUAUGUUAGUUGGAGCAUAUCCUUUUGAAGAUCCUGAAGAGCCUAAGAAUUUCAAGAAAACUAUACAUAGAAUCCUGAAUGUUCAGUACGCUAUUCCUGAUUAUGUUCACAUAUCUCCUGAAUGUCGCCACUUGAUCUCCAGAAUAUUCGUUGCUGAUCCUGCUAAGAGGAUAUCAAUUCCUGAGAUAAGGAACCAUGAAUGGUUUCUUAAGAAUCUACCUGCAGAUCUCAUGAACGAUGACACAAUGAAUAGCCAGUUUGACGAAACGGAUCAACCAUGUCAAAGCAUUGAAGAGAUCAUGCAGAUUAUUGCAGAAGCAACAGUUCCUGCUGCUGGCACUCAGAGUCUAAACCAUUAUCUCACAGGAAGCUUGGAUCUAGAUGAUGAUGAUAUGGAGGAAGAUCUAGAGAGUGACUUGGAUGAUCUUGACAUCGACAGUAGCGGAGAGAUUGUGUACGCAAUGUGAUGCGGUCUCGCUAUGGUUUCUGAUACAAACAUGAACAACAAUAACAAUGUGUACUUGUUUGCUAAGCUGUAUGUGGCCCUAACUUUGUCUCAAUGGUCACAGUUUGAAUCGUUGAUAUGCAACCAA